AUAAAAAGUCCGAGCCCGACUUUGCUCUUCCCCACUCUCCCAGAGUCGCAGGACAGACUGAGGCAUCUCACAAACGAGGACUAAACCAACCCAGGCAAAAUGGUGAAAGUCGGUAUCAACGGAUUCGGCCGCAUCGGUCGUCUGGUGACCCGAGCUGCUUUCCACUCCAAGAAAGUGGAGAUUGUGGCCAUCAAUGACCCCUUCAUCGACCUGGAGUACAUGGUCUACAUGUUCAAGUAUGACUCCACCCACGGCCGUUUCAACGGAGAGGUCAAGAUCGAGGGCGACAAGCUGGUCAUCGACGGACAGAAGAUCAGCGUUUUCCAUGAGAGGGACCCUGCCAACAUCAAGUGGGGGGAUGCUGGAGCCCAGUAUGUGGUGGAGUCCACUGGUGUGUUCACCACCAUUGAGAAGGCCUCUGCUCACUUGAAGGGUGGUGCCAAGAGAGUCAUCAUCUCUGCACCCAGUGCCGACGCUCCCAUGUUUGUCAUGGGUGUCAACCACGAGAAGUACGACAACUCCCUCCAGGUCGUCAGCAAUGCUUCCUGCACAACUAACUGCCUGGCGCCCCUGGCAAAGGUCAUCAACGACAACUUCGGCAUCAUUGAGGGCCUGAUGAGCACAGUUCACGCCAUCACCGCCACCCAGAAGACCGUGGACGGUCCCUCCGGCAAACUGUGGAGGGACGGCCGCGGCGCCAGCCAGAACAUCAUCCCCGCCUCCACUGGCGCCGCCAAGGCUGUCGGAAAGGUCAUCCCUGAGCUCAACGGCAAGCUGACUGGUAUGGCUUUCCGUGUCCCCACUCCCAACGUGUCUGUGGUUGAUCUGACUGUCCGCCUGGAGAAACCCGCCAAAUACGACGACAUCAAGAAGGUUGUGAAGGCUGCAGCUGAUGGACCCAUGAAGGGCAUCCUGGGAUACACAGAGCACCAGGUCGUCUCCACAGACUUCAACGGAGACACCCACUCCUCCAUCUUUGAUGCCGGCGCUGGCAUCGCCCUCAACGACAACUUUGUCAAGCUGGUGUCAUGGUACGACAACGAGUUCGGCUACAGCAACCGCGUCUGCGACCUGAUGGCCCACAUGUCCACCAAGGAGUAAACCGGCCUGCCGACGGUCGGCGUACGACACCUCGACGUCCACAUUCUCCUCAAUCCAGAGUUAGAAACGUACAGCCCGUGACUCUGCCUGGUUCCAUCUGAUAGUCGACCCAUCACAUGCCUGAGGAAGGCCCCACAGAGCAAAUGAAAGAUUUAAAUUGGUGACCAAUUGUUUUUUAUUUGUUAAAGUCCCUGUUCUGUUCUCGUGUUGGAUGAAGCUGUGAGAGUCUUAUCUGCCUGUAGCGCUGAGGCGCUGCAUGUCAGUGGUGGAAUAAAGUCCUUUGUUUGUGAGAA